UUUGUUAUAAAUUAAAAAAUGAAAGUAGCUGUUUUGAUUACAUUAUUACUCCUGAGUGCUUUUGCAGACCCAAUUCCAGAGAAAAUUGAGGAAAUUGAAGAGAUCAUCCAUGAUAUCUCUCAUGGUUCCAAGAUGUUCUGGACAGGAUUCCAGGCGAAAAUUCAUCUCCAGGAGAGCUGGGACCUCCCCCAGUCUUGCUUUGGAGCCGGGUUUGAAAAGGAUUUGUACACAGUGGUGAUGUCUCUGAUCAACAUUGUAGAACAACCAAACCCCAUUACUGACUUGAUCAAGUUGGUCACUAAAGGGUAUGAAAUAACCUCGAGUCUUAAAAAGGAUUGACAGAUUUCAGAAGACUACACAAUGAUAAAGAAAUAUUGCCAAUCUGCUGAUUGUGCUUUGACCACCCUAACUUCAAGAGCUUAUAGCCAUAUCACAAGAAUCAGAGAGCUUGUUGAAGAUUAUAGAAGUAUUCAAGAAUUCACAGAUGAGAACCUCAUCAGAAUAGGUAAAGAUAUAGGAAAUAUUGCUACCAUCGUCUUAGGAAUGACUGAAAGUGUGCCAGACUUUGUAGUGAAAGAAAGAAUUUCAACUUAA